CGCCAAGAAGGCAUUACACUCCUGAUCCACGGCGAUGACGGCGGAGGAGAUAAGGACGGCACCGCCAAGUCGACCGAGAGAGCCUGGUCUUUUGGAAGGAGAGGUGCUAGCAGCGCCCCGGCGAACAAGGAGCGUGUCUCGGGGCAAUUCCGAGCGCUGUCGUGCAGCAUGGCGAAGAAUUGGUCUGCCGCCAAACAAAUCCACUCCAUGUCGUCCAAUCUGGUGGCCCCGCGAGGCGCGGAAUCUUCUGGUUUAGCCUCUCCUAUCUAUGUAAUGAGCACGAUAUUUGUGUUUGUGAUGUGGACUCUGGUCGCGGCUAUCCCGUGUCAAGAGAGAACCGGGUUGGGGACUCAUUUUCCAGUGCCGAAGCAAUUGGGUUGGGCUCAACUCAUGAUAGGGUUGCAGGAGAAGAUAGCAGAAGAGUGGAAGAAGAAGGAGAAGAAAGGGUCGGCGGGACUAUUGGAGGAGAUGCAGAGGCUCGAGAAGAGCCAAUCCUUGAUUGAUUUCACCGACUCGUUCCAGUUUCCGGUGGAGGCAGAGCGCCUAGAGGAGGUGAAUUCGCAGGUGGAAGAGUUGGCAGAUAUUUGUAGAAAGAUGGAAGAAGGUUUGGUACCUCUACAGCAGCAAAUCAGAGAGGUUUUUCAUAGGGUUGUGAGGAGCAGAUCAGAGUUUCUUGAUGUCUUAGACCAAGCUGGGAAGUUAUCUGCGCCCACUCUGUAAAGAUCAAAGGCAGCUCCUCCUCCUCCUCCUUUACUGUUCACUCUCCGCAGCUUCGGAAGGGUUCCUAACCAUAACCUUGAAGGUUUAGGGUUGGUUUCAAAGUUAAGAGGCUACCAGUUAUAACUUGCCAAUGGGUAUAACUACAUCCUCGUUAAUUAAUUGGCCUUUACCUAUGUAAGUAGUCAUAGGAACUCUUCAAAAAAAAUUUGGUAUUUUUAUUUGGGUGAAGAAAGCAUUACAUCGUUGCACCCACCGAGUUGUGGGACGGGUAACGUUGUCGCCUAUUCUGAUAUGCACUCUUGUUUCUUUAAUCUGGAUAUAUAUAUAUUUUUUUCCCCUUGGUUUGAUCACCGCCUGUUUUACACAACCAGAUUUGUUAACUUAAGGCUUGGGAGAAAUGUAUAUAGGUGUAUAUCAAGUUCAAGUCAGUGACUUUGAAUGUUAAUGUUUUUUCUGAUGCGCCUCCAUGGCUUCUA